AAAAAUUCACAACUGUUUAUACUAGAAAGGUUUCUCAAAGGUGAUGAUAUUACUAGAAAUAGUUAUAUACCUUUUAGUAAUGGAGUUAGGGAGUGUUCGAGGAAAUAUUUGGCACUAUUUGCUAUUAAGGUAGUGUUUAUUUUAUUCUUAAAGAGAUAUGAUAUUGAAUUAGUUAAUCUUGAG